GUGCAGCAUAUUUCAGAAUCACCAUUAAACGAAGAAACAAAAGAAAUGGAAACUUGAAUCUAUAAGAUAAUGAUUUUCAGCAGCAAUUGAUGAAACUAGAAAACUUUACAUGAUGUUUUUUAGGUUAACAAGAAAAUUACGAGUGGCUUGAUUUAGCUGCUAUUUCUAGCACACGACAUGGACGGUAUAAAUGACGUUCUCAAAAAGACGCUGGAGUAGUAGAAGGAGGUAAAGCUAUGAACAGCUGUCUUCUCGCAGUCGAUGGCUUGUACCCGAAAAAAAACGGCGAAUACACUCUUGAAAAAGAGUUUUCUGAAUGGAAAUUUGUUUUAUAAUAUGCCAGAUAAUGAUAUUAUAGCAUGUAGACCAGAAUUUGAUAAACAUUACCGUGAUGUUUAGGUUAUCAAGAAAAUUACGAGUUUGCUUGAUUUAGCUGCUAUUUCUAGCACACGAUAUGGACGGGUAUAAAUGACGUUCUCAAAAAGACGCUGGAGUAGUAGAAGGAGGUAAAGCUAUGUGCAGCUGUCUUCUCGCAGUCGAUGGCUUGUACCCGAAAAAAAACGGCGAAUACACUCUUGAAAAAGAGUUUUCUGAAUGGAAAUUUGUUUUAUAAUAUGCCAGAUAAUGAUAUUAUAGCAUGUAGACCAGAAUUUGAUAAACAUUACCGUGAUGUUUAGGUUAUCAAGAAAAUUACGAGUUUGCUUGAUUUAGCUGCUAUUUCUAGCACACGAUAUGGACGGGUAUAAAUGACGUUCUCAAAAAGACGCUGGAGUAGUAGAAGGAGGUAAAGCUAUGUGCAGCUGUCUUCUCGCAGUCGAUGGCUUGUACCCGAAAAAAAACGGCGAAUACACUCUUGAAAAAGAGUUUUCUGAAUGGAAAUUUGUUUUAUAAUAUGCCAGAUAAUGAUAUUAUAGCAUGUAGACCAGAAUUUGAUAAACAUUAUCGAUUUUUUAAACAGCAACAGUUAAAAAAAGGCCUUCAUAUGCGUCACUGAAGUGAUAGCAAAAUAUUGAGAUUGAACAUGGUGCUGUGUUGGGAGAUGGACAAAUUUUUUCUCCUUCUUCUUCUUCUUCAGAAAGUUUUAAAGUUGGUUGGAUAUUUCUGUAAAGAUUUCCAGAGCCUCGUUAUUUUAAAUCACGGCGGGUUUCACACCACUUUAAAAGCAGUAUGAUAUAUAUAUAUGUGGAAGUAUAUGAAUUUGCAGUGAGGUCUGUUCAAUGAAUUUUUCAGACCCGCAAGAAAAAAACAUCAAUUACAACUGCAGAAAUUUUAUAAAGUAGACUGUCAAUGAAGACUUUUCCAGUAUACACCAUUCUUUGGGUGGUCUCAUUCCUUGUAAAGCAUGGUCAGCCAGCAUCUUUUCCUUCCUCACCAAAUCAUCACAUUAGUAAAAGCAAUGGUUUCGUGACAGAAUCAAAAGCAGGCCAAAUAGAGGCAAUGUCAGAUUUAAAGGAAAUCAGGGUAAAAAGGAGUAAACCAAAAGGAUCAGAAGCAAUAAAUAUAUCUACAAAUGCGCCACCAAUAAAUGCACAAGGAAAUUUAACAUCAUCAACUUAUGCUUCAGCAGUACUUCCCGCACUUGAGAAUGUAACAAAACUCAAUGAUUCUGAACUAACAACUCCAUUCAGUGCAUCUCGGAAUACAAUGUUGAUUAACACAACUGGAGAAGACGCUUCUUAUGUAACAGCAUCGACCAAUGACACUGAGAAUGUAACACAGUUUGGCACACAAACACGAUCAGUGAACACAUCUGAAGAAACAUCAACUCCAUAUGUAACCACAACACCUUUAAUAACUACGACUACUAAAUCGGCACUUAAUGAGAAUUGUGAAAGAGAUACAUCCUGCAUAAAUGAAUUUGCCAUUUGCAGAAAUCAAAAGUGUGUCUGUCAAGAUGAUUAUUUUGAAGAUGAAUCUAAGUGUAAAAAAAAAUUGGCACUUAAUGAGAAUUGUGAAACAAAUACAUCCUGCAUAAAUGAAUUUGCCAUUUGCAGCUCUCAAAAGUGUGUCUGUGAAGAUAAAUAUUUUCGUCUUGGAACUAAGUGUGAAAAAAAGCUAGCCUAUGGUAAAAACUGUACCGUGGAAGAGUGUCUUGAUAAAAGGGCCCACUGUAAUGAGCAACACAGAUGUGAUUGUUUUGAGGUCUAUUUUUGGAAACACGGAAAAUGUGUAGACAAGAAAAAAUUUGGUGAAAAAUGUGAAGAAGGGGAUCAGUGUAAGGCUCGUAAUGCCUAUUGUUCCACUGAAACAAAGAGAUGUACUUGCUCUGACAAUUACAAGCAAAGUGAAAACAUCUGUGUAAAAAUUGUUUUUCCCUAUUGGUGGCUUGGAAUUAUCAUUGCUAUUCUCAUUCUGGUCAUAUUAGUUUUCAUUUAUUUAUUCCUCCGUCAGUUGAAACAGACAACUGGCAACGUUAAUUUCUUGAAAUUAAGACCUUUUAAAACACUAUCACAUAAAAGACCAUACAAAAUCAAGAAUUUUCUACAUAUGGAUUCAAAAACUUUUAUCCAAGAUUAUAAGAUUAUAGGCAAAGUGAAUCCAUUUAUUCUUACUGAGGAAUCUGACCAGACCUCAAAUGAUACAUUCCUACCCUGUAUUGAAGCUCAAAAGCUUCAAAAUAAAAAGAAGAAUCGAUUUUUGAAUGUGUUACCAUUUGACCAUAGCCGAGUGCAACUAGAUGUAAUUGAUGAUGACCCUUUCACAGAUUAUAUCAAUGCCAACUAUAUCACGGGCUACAACCAAGAAAAGGAAUAUAUUGCAUGCCAAGGCCCUUUGAUUCACACAGUUGAUGACUUCUGGAGAAUGGUCUGGCAGGAAAAUAUCAACCUUAUAGUAAUGUUAACCCUCUGUGAAGAGAAUGGAAAACACAAGUGUUACCCAUACUGGCCGAAGAAAGAGAAAUUAAAAGUUAUCAGCCGUGAUUUAUUGCUUGAAACCGAUGUAGUCAUCAAUCAUGAAUACUACAACGAGAGUAGCAUUCUUGUGAAUAUGGAUGAAGAAUCUCGCAUAGUAAAGCACCUGCACUUCCAGAAAUGGCCUGACUUUAGUGCCACAGUCGACCCUACAGUAUUGAUUAACUUCAUCAAAAUCAUCCGCUCACAUUUUACCCAAUCACCAAUUCUGGUCCACUGCAGUGCUGGCGUCGGUCGUACUGGAACUUUGAUCGCUGUUGACUACAUGAUGCAAUAUGUGAGAGACCAUACCUUAGAUGACAGUGUUGAUCUGUUCUCAUUUGUUUAUAAGAUGAGGGAAAACAGACCACAAAUGGUACAAAACCAAGACCAGUACCUUCUAAUUAAUACUUGUAUUAGAAAAGCAAUAAUGGAUAAAUUUAAUCUGAAAGACACCCAAAUCAACAAAGAGGAAGAAAAUAAGAAAAAUGAAGUUAGAGUGGAUGUAGAAGAGGGAGGAGACACAGAAAACUGCACAGAAACAGAUGAAGAUGAUGUUGAAGAUAGUGCCAAAAUUCUUACAAAUAAAGUUGAAGAAAAAGAAGAUGAUACCAAAGAACCUAUAGUAAAAGUUGAAGCAAAUGUUGCAGCCGAAAACACUAAUAAAGUUGAAAAUGCAAAAACGGAUGUGACUCAAGAUGCAAAAGAUGAAGGAGAAAAUGUGGAUGAAGCUACAGGUGAUACAGGUGAAGAUAAGGAUGCAAAUAGUAACAUGUAUACAAAUGACUACCAGGAAGAUGCUGACGAAACAGUACCCUUAACACAAGUGACCAGUGAAUUAUGAGACAUUAGUGGUGGUUUACUGGAUAUUACUCCUAUAAUGUUUGUUUAUCGUAACUUUCCUGCUGAGCUGUGAAGAAUAGCAGCACCCAUUUCAGGUUAAAAGUAUUUAUGUGUGUCCAUCACUGAGUUUCAUCAAAUCUAUACAAACAAAUGAACAUACUCUCUGUUUCUUAAACAGUCAUUAAUGUUAGAAUUUUUAAAUAUUGGAGAAGAUGCUUUAUAUAUCUACGCGUGCGUGUGUAUAUACCGCUACUACUAUUACCACCACCACCACAUCCACCACCACUACCACCACCACCACCACAACCACCACUACCACCACCACAUCCACCACCACAUCCACCACUACCACCA